AUGUCCCUAGGGACCUUCUUGCAGGAUGAGAAUUUUGGCUCAUGGGCUGAUGAGAUGGAGGACAUGCCCUUGCCUUCCUCAGACAGUCGACCUAGCUACGGAGGCGGAAGCGGCCCACGAACCUUCGGCCCAUCUAGUGGCAUGGGCAAUGGAUAUUCGGACCGACGAGACACAUACCAGACCCGCGAACAACUCCCGCUUCCUACCCAACCUCCGUUUACCGCCCACUUGGCAAAUCUAUCAUUUGACGCCACUGAAUCAGACGUCAGUGACUUCUUCAGGGAGUGCCAGGUUACAAGUGUCCGGAUCGUUGAAGACAAGCUCGACCGCAAACCCAAAGGUUUCGGUUACGUUGAGUUUGCGACACUCGAUGGCUUGAAGGCUGCAUUGGACCUGAGCGGCAACAACUUGGCAGGCCGUCAAGUUCGCGUCAGUGUUGCAGAACCUCCGAAAGAUAGACAGGACACCCGAGACUUUAGCGACUGGUCGAGGAAAGGGCCUCUUCCGGACCUGCCAAGAGAACAACGCAGAGUUUCUGAUCGACAAGGUGGAUUUGGCGGUCGCAACUUUGACAACACAUCAGAUGCGGGAAGCGACCGAGGUGGCCGACGUGGAUUCGACCAAGGAGAUGGGAAGGUCAGGGACUUUUCGAACUGGGAGAGAAAGGGCCCUUUGUCACCUAGUGCGGCUGCACCAACCUCUCUGCGUGAAGGAGGUAGACAACAUAGCAAGGACGGUCCCGGAGCCUUCCGCCGGAACUCACCUGCUUGGGGUGAAGGGCGAUCUCAGGAUGGCUCCCGGCCACCGAGGCGUGAGUACACUGAACGGCCACCCCCGGACCGGCAACCUACAGCACCUGAGCUCGACAACCAAUGGCGAGCAAGAAUGAGACCAGACCCUCCGGCCAAAGCACCAACUCCUGAAGCCAGCGAGCCAUCCUCUCCGGGCCCGGCCGCUGCUCCAACAACCAGACCGAAAUUGCACUUGCAGAAGAGGACAGUCUCUGAGGCAGAGCCGUCGCAGUCUCCUGCAUCCGGCGGCGAUGCAAAGGCUAGUCCCUUUGGAGCGGCCCGCCCCGUCGAUACGGCUGCUAAAGAGAAGGAAGUUGAGGAAAAGCGGCAACUUGCCCUUCGGCAGAAGAAAGAGGCAGAGGACAAGGCCAGGGCCGAGAGGGCCGAAGAGAAGCGUCAGGCAAGGGAAAAGGCAGAGCCUGAAAAGUCCAAGGAAGCGCCUAGCAAGGAGGCCAAAGAACCUAAUCCCGUGAAGGAGGAGGGUGAAGAAACAACGCAACCCCCUGCUCCCAAAUUUGAUAUCCUCCGUCGCGCCGACAGCGGUGUCAACGACAUGCUUGCAGAAGAGGAAAAUGAGGAAGAGGGCAACGUUCAACUCCCGGUCGAUGACAAGGCGGUCAAGCCCAAGGAGGUGGUGCAGGACCCCGCUUCCACCAAAUCGAAUGGUUCUUGGAGAAGUGCUCAGCCUCCACAAGCACCUGAGGGAAGCACAACCGCGGCAUUGGAAGAAGAUGGCUGGAGCACGGUGUCAAAGCCGAACAAGCAGCGUAACAGCCGUCGGAACGUGCCUCACCGAGCCAUUGCGUCAUGA